AUGACGUCGAAUCGAGCCGCAGUGCUCGUGCCGCCGUUCGUUAUAGGCGUCUUGACGGGCUUCACUUUGCUGAUGCUGCAGCAGUCACUGUCUACACUCAUUCCGAUAUCCUUUGACGGGAUAGAAACAGCAACGCCGGUUCAGAAUGAGCAGACGCCGAUCGCGCCAGUUCGCAGUGAAGCUCUAUCCUCGUUUGAGGAGCUCGUACCGUUUCGUUACAACACGAGCCCUGCAGUUGUGGACGGAAAGCUGAACGUGCACUUGGUGGCUCACUCGCACGACGAUCUCGGUUGGCUGAAAACCAUUGAUCAGUAUUACGUCGACACGGUACAGUACAUCUUCGAGACCGUCGUCGACCAGCUCUCGGACAAUCCUGACCGCAAGUUCAUUCAGGUCGAGCAGGGUUUCUUCUAUCGUUGGUGGGAGCGCCAGCACGAACCAAUGCGGGCAAAAGUACGGAAGCUGGUGGCUUCUGGCCAAUUGGAGUUUAUCAACGGUGGGUGGGUGAUGCAUGACGAGGCGUGUGCACAGUACACGGACAUGGUGCAUCAGAUGGCCAUGGGGCACCGCUUCCUCAUGGCAACAUUCAACGUCACCCCGCGCAUCGCCUGGCAGAUCGACCCCUUCGGCCACUCCGCCACGCAAGCCAGCCUCAUCACCGCCCAGGCGGGGCUAGAAGCGGUGUUCAUGGGGAGGGUGGACCAGCAGGAGAAGGAGACUCGCUUGGCUGCCAAAACAAUGGAGUUCAUGUGGCGCGCCGAGGGGGCACGGCACAGGGACAACCAGGUGCUGGGAAUGGUGUCCUAUGACGGCUACUACUCGCCGCCUCAGUUCCGCUACCAGGACUCAGACAGUUCCUCCUACCGCAUUCAGGACAAUCCCUAUGGAGGGUCGCCCAACGUGCAGUCCCUCGUGGACGAGUUUGUCACAGAGGUGACCAAGCGGGCGGAGGGCUUUAAGACGAACCACCUGCUGUUCCCCAUGGACGAGGACUUUGCGUUUGACCGCGCCAUAAUGUGGUUCAAGAACAUGGAUAAGCUCAUUCAAUACGUCAACCUGGACGGGAGGGUGAACGCGCUCUAUUCCACGCCAUCCAUGUAUCUGGACGCACUGCACUCCUCCAGUGCCACGUGGCCUCUCAAGACUGGUGACAUGUUCCCGUAUCAGGACAGUGGGCCCUACUGGUCGGGCUACUUCAGCAGCCGCCCCUCCCUGAAGCUCCUCGCGCGCUCCUGCAGCGCCCUCCUGCUGGCCACCACAGCAGCAGAGGCAGCAGUAGGAAAGGAAGCACUGCAGGCAUGGGGCAUGGCGACCGGGCGCAUGAUGGUACUGGAACACCUCGUGCUUGACACACGCAUGGGAACGAGGAUGAACGGAAGCGUGCUUGGGUGGAGGCAUGCUCUCUCUCCUGCGUGCAGGACAGGUGCAUAUGAGACGGAUAGGGCAGGUGCAGCGAAUGAAGCAGAUGAAGGGGAUGAGGAGGCAGAUGAAGGGGAGGAGGAGGAGGACAAGAAGGAGGACAAGGAGGAGGAGGAGGAGGAGGAGGAGGAGGAGGAGGAGGAGGAGGAGGAGGAGGAGGAGGAGGAGGAGGAGGAGGAGGAGGAGGAGGAGGAGGACAAGGAGAAGGAGGAGGAGACCACAAACGACCCCAACGAGGUGUUUGACCCACAGGCACUGCAGCCAGCUGAUCCUCAAGCGGUUCAAAACGGUGCUGCUGACCUUGGAGCGGUCCAGAGCAGUGCUGCUGGGAAGGUGACUGGGUCUGGUGGAGCCAAUGCAAACUCUGCUGGUGACGGCUCACGGACUGAUGAGAGGAGAGGGCAGGAGGUGGUGGGGGAGCAGGGCAGCAGGGGGAGGAGAAGGAGGCGGGUGCAGCAGGUUGAGGGUGCCAAAGGAGAGGGGGGCGGACAGCAGCUGCCUUCGCUGGACCUGAAAAUGGUGUGUGCUGAUGAUGAUGAUGAUGAUGAUGAUGAUGAUGAUGAUGAUGAUGAUGAUGAUGAUGAUGAUGAUGAUGAUGAUGAUGAUGAUGAUGAUGAUGAUGAUGAUGAUGAUGAUGAUGAUGAUGAUGAUGAUGAUGAUGAUGAUGAUGAUGAUGAUGAUGAUGAUGAUGAUGAGCUAUGUCGAUCUGCUACUGCCCACCUGUGUCGCUUCAAGGGCGCCCCCUGUCCACUCAUCUCUCCUCCCCCUCUCAUCCCUGCAUUUUACGCCCCCCCUCCUUUCCUUUUCCCCCCCUCCUUUCCUUUUCCCCCCCUCACAGUGCCCUCUUCUCAACAUCUCCUACUGCCCUCCAUCCGAAUCACCCCUGCAGCCAGAUCAGACCCUGGUAGUGGUGGCUUUCAACCCUCUCGCGUGGUCCCGCUCCGAAGUGAUUCGAUUCCCGUCACGCUCCUCCCCCUCUACACCCGCUCCACUCCACCCGCAUCAUGUCUUACCCGUUCCCUCCCAUCCGCUCUCUCCUCUUCCCCCCCCCUUCCCACUGCUCUCCUUGACAGGUGUCAUCCCCCUACCUCCUUGUCACUGACGCCUCUGGCGCCCUCAUCCCCUCUCAAAUACUCAGACCGACCCUCCUGCCCGCUUUCCCUCUCUGUGUCAUCUCCUUACCUGCUAGUCACAGACGCGUCUGGCGCCCCCAUCCCGUCUCAAAUACUCAGGGAGACCCUCGUCACCCCCUCCACCCGCUCCACCUACAUUGCUGCUCACACUGGCGUGGGUGGCAUAGUAGGGGAGGUGGAGGGGGAGGAGGAAGAGGAGGAGGGAGGAAAGGAGGGGGAGGAGGGGGAGGAAGGGGAGGAGGGGGAGUGGGUGGAUUUUGGGGAUGGGCAAGGGCCGCAGCUGCGCCAGCAGAAGAAGAAGCAUCGGAAAAGGCAGUUGAAAGAGCAGGAGGGGGGACAGAAUGAGGGGGAGCAGAAGGAAGGGGAGCAAACAGAGCAGCAGCAGCAGCAGCAGCAGGCAGUGUUGUCGCUUGUGUUCAGCGCGGAGGUGCCUCCUCUUGGAUUCGCCACCUUCUUUGUCUCGCCAGCAGCGCAAGGUUCAGAAUCCGGCACAUGGUCAGCAUGGGGUCUUUCCCCGCGCGAGUGGGGGGAGGUGCAGUCAGCGCUUCGCGCGGAAACGCCGUCGGCCAGCCAGGAGUCCGGCCAACAGUUAAGCGCGGCGCAGAGAAGCCGGGAACCUGACGGGGGGUGCGGAACUGAGCCCUCCCCUCACGCGCGGGCUGAUAUUCGCGCAGCGUCGGCGCGCGCAGCGGAGCAACCUGGCUGGGGUCCGCGGCGAAGGGGGGACCGUUGGUCACCUCAAUGUGGACGUGAGUCGGCGCCCCACUCGCCCGGGCCUGCCUCACCACCUCCACGAACGUGUCCGCGGCGCGAUCGAGGGCAGGAUCCCCCUGGUGGCCAUUCCCUCCCCGAUUCCGCCGGCCACGCCGCCCCCCGGAACCAGCCGAAUGUGGACGCGGGGAGGACUGCUCGCGGCGACCCGAAUCCCAGCGACGCCCAGGCGACCCCCUUCCCCGCGUCGCCGGAGAUCGCCGCGGAGAGCGUUGCGCGGGGGAUCGCGCUCGGGGUGAGCGCGGGCCUGCCCGACCACGAGGGGAUGGGCGACGAGGGGAGCGAGGACGCGCGGGGGAGCGCUGAUCCCCCCCCCCGCGCUGAUAGUGUUCGCGAUGCUCAGGGGAAGGGCGGCGAGGAGAGGGCUGCCGAGGAGGCUGACGUGGAGGCGAGCGCCCGCGCUCCUGCCGCGGCUGACCGUCCGGGCGGUUCGACGCAACACGUGCAGGCGCCCACGAAUACUCCGGCGAGGUUGGGCGCGCGGCAGGCUGAUGGGGAAGAGUUUGCACCCGCUCGAAGCGGCGGACGGGCUCGCUUGCAGAGGGGUGCGCGAGGAGGCGCGGACGAGGCCCGGCAGGCGCAGGCUCCGGCAGCGCGCUCUCCGCGGAUCCCUCCAGCUCCGGAUCCCGUCUCGCGGAUGGGUCCAUCACCCCCGAUCGUACCGCAGCCGACGCCAGCGCGCCGACAAAGCGACAACGAAGUGGCCGCGGCGCCGCAAACUGAGCGCGAGGGAGCUGCUGUGGGAAGAGCAACGCGCGGAAUACGCGUGGGACGCGGCAGCCGCCGCGGACGAAGGGGAAACGAGCGAGGACGAAGAGGAGGUGGAUCACGGGUUUCAAACAGGCGCCGCACCGGCGCAAGCGGCUACGCGAGAAACGCGGAAAGGCAGAUACGAAACGGCGCAGAGGGCGGCGAGGAUCCGCCUGGCGAGGAGGCAGAGGAGGAAGUGGAGAAUGAGGGAAGUGACGGGGGUGACCCCGCUUUUAACCCUGAAAGAGAGGGGAUGUUGGGUGCAGAAGCCGAGGAGGACGAGGAUGAGUUGGAACUUCUGCUUCGGGGAGAGGAGCUCGCCAGACCCAAUGUCCGAGGCGAACCUGCCAGCCGAGCCACAGCCGAAGGAGCGGGCCAAAAUCCAACCCCAGGACGAGCCGCAUCUGCAAUUCCAAUACCCAGAAAUCGGACCGCGAGGCAGAACCGAGCCGCCCCCAACAAUGCGGUUACCACCGCUCCAGCCAAUGCCACGGCCCCAACGCCCGCCACCCCCAACCCAAUCAUCAGCGCUGACGACCUAGCAGGCCGUCUGGACCUUUUCGCAGACGUCGUCAACUGGGACAUCUGCCCGCUACGCGACAGCAGACAGCCACCCCUUGCCCGCCACCCACCCCGCCCACUUCGCGAAUCCUUCGCGAUAUGCCUGCUGACGCCACUGCUGCACCUGGCGAAAAACCCGGACUCCAUCGCAGGCUGGAAGCUGCUGAUGUUCCUCCCGCGCAUCCUGCUGCGCACCUCGUCAGCACGCACACCUGACUGGAAAGCCAUGGGUGCAAGGCUGACACGAUUUCGCCAAGGACAGUGGCGCAACCUGUACGACGAGGCAGCUGACGCGGUUACCAGCAACCCUCAACCACGACACGUACCUGACGACACUGGCAAGCUCUCGCGGGCCGAAGGCUUGGCGAAACGGGGGAAUCUGGCGAAAUCACUACAGACUCUGACUGCCACGCCAGUCUGCACGCCGAGCGCUGAAGUACUCAACGCGCUCAAAGCCAGACACCCAGACGCCGCCACGGCCAUACCUUCCUGGGUGCUCGACUUCGCCCCAGAGAACGUCCCUGCCAUCGCUGCCCGGGACUUCAGGCGACUGCUGGCAAAAUGCCCCAACGGAGUGGGGGCUGGGCCAUCAGGCACCACCUUUGAGCACCUCAGAGAUGCGGCCCUUGGGAACGGGGACGUUUUCCUGCAGUUGCAUGCACUUACCAACACGGCACUCUCUGGAAAGCUGACGGCGGACGUGGCGGAACUCCUAACAGCGUCACGACUGCUCGCCUUCUCGAAACCAAACGGUGGAACGCGGCCGAUAGCAGUAGGCGAAUGCCUACUACGCCUCGUUGCCAAGGCGGCCCUUUUCCUAGCCGCACCAGCGGCGCGUGAGCACUUCACCCCGCUACAGUUCGGAAGUUCGCGAGCGCCUCGCAGCAGCGGCCGAACCUCUCGCGCUCCUCACACAGAUGGACCCCCAACUCUGCCUGCUACUACUCACCCGCUGCGUGAGCCGCCGCGCCUCGUUCCUGGUCCGAGCCACGCCCCCCGAAGCCCUUCCGCAGGAGGAAUGGUCGGCCUGGGGGGAACAUCUGCUCCACACCUACCUGGCCGCGGCACACACGAAUGUCCCUAG